CGCCGUAUUCACAAACCAAACUUAACUUAUCGCGAUAAGGCUUACUUACGAAAGGACGAGAAAAGGUUAAGUAUAAGGAAAGAACAAGGUGCGUUUCGAAAACGAACCUUAACGCGACAUAAGUGCGCCUUAUGAAAGGCACCCUUACCUCGUAAAGUGUUUGACCUGGGAGCGAGGCUGGAUAAUUUUAUGUGACGAAAUAUUUAGUUUGAGAAGAUAUAAACUGCCUUUAUUACAAGAAAGCAAUUAUGCCGCGCCCACAAGCACCUGUACAUAAAUAGUGUACAACUGCCUGACAAAACGUGGUAAAAUGCUCGCUGUUUUUGGUGAGUCCGCCAUUUACGUCUGGCCACGUUGAUCUAACCCAGUCGACGCAGCGCACGUUUUUUUCUUUCCUCUGUACACCGGCUUCUCGACCUCACGUUUUUUUUUGCUCCUUCCGCUGUUGUUUUGUCUUUGUUUUUUGUACGAUUUCUUUUUCUUAUAUUUAUAAGUAGUUGUGCGUUAUACUUCUUAUUUUUUAUCAGUUUAAUUCUCUAAAUAGUUGUAGUGUUCUUUUUUAAUUUAUAAAACUCGUGCGGGAUGGAGCGACGUAAAAUUAAUUUUACGGACGAGGAGCGCACCAUCCUCAUGGAUCUGAUGGAUAGACACCGCGAUGUGCUUGAAUGUAAAAAAACCGACGCGGUGUCUAUCCAUGCAAAGAAGAAGACGUGGGAGAAGUUGGCCGAUGAGUUCAACAGCAACCACAACGUGCGGCCACGAACGUCGAAGCAGCUCAAAAAAUGCUGGGACAAUUUGAAAGAAAAGUGGCGCCGUGCGAAAGCUGAAGACACGCGUGAACUCUUCAAAACAGGUGGUGGCACUCCGGCGGAAAGCCAAAUGAGUGAUGAGUUGCGGAGGGUUGGUGCGGUGGCAUCACAUAUGGCCACACGUCUGGCAAACCCCUUCGACAGCGACCGGACGGGGCCUGGAGUGGAGGCCACACCAGCUGUAGCAGCACUGCUGGCUUCGUCGCAGCCGGGACAAAGCACUGAUGCAGAUGAUGCCGACAUGCAGUGUGACGACUUGUGGCAAUGGGAGUUGCCACACACCCAAGAUGAAGUGGCCAUGGACGAUCCAGCGCCACAAAGUGGUGAAGCUGCUCGGCCAGUUAGCCAUCAAGCAACUCGGCCAGCAUCACCCCCAGCUGCAGCUGCGCCAAGUGAAGUUCUGCCAGCUGCUGUGGCAACGGUGCCACCAGCCCGCCGUAAAAGGCGAUUAGAUGCUAGCGGGCCGUCCAGUUCGAGGGAUGACGCCGUGAAGAGCGAGCUCGUUGCUCGGCUUGCUGCCAUCUCAAAAGAUGCGCAGCAAAAGAGCAAAGAGCACUUUCUUCGCAUGAAGGUAACUCGUAAGGACCAUGAACUUCGCAUGCAGCUCGCUCAUGAUGAGCAUAAUGACAGAUUGCAGAAAAGAGAGGCAGAACAUUCGCAAGUGAUGGAAAACUUAAAAGCUAAAAAGGCCCUUAUUGAGCUUAAGAUAAAGCUUCUGCAAAAACAAAACGAAUAAGGCAGAACAAAAAUAUUUCAUAUAUUGGAAAAAAAAAAGGUCUUAACCCUUUGCGGUCCGAAACUUUUACCCACUAUCCGGCUGUUCCGGUCCGAAACUAUUUUGCCAGUUUCUGGCGCCGCUAACAAAACCACCAACUGUGGAAGAAAAACUCUCAGGAUAUUUAUUUUUCUCUUGCAUUCUGCAGGCAACUCCUCUACCGAUAUUUGAGCAGCGUGUGAUACCGCUCGAAGCAUUCUCCUGG